ACUAGUUAUAUUAUAUGCAUGAAUCAUUUCCAACUACUUAUUUUUCUUAAAAUGUUGAAAUAAUAUUUGGCAACAAUAAAGAAGACUUAAAGUUGAACUAUAUUGGAGGAAAAAGCAUGUGACAAAAGGGUGUGGAAAAUGUUUCCACUCUCACAUAGAAAAUCAUUGUAAAGUUUUGUAAUUUAGUGAAAAAGCUAGGGUUAUUUUUUUAAUCCUUAUAGCUUUUUUAUUAUUAGGACAACCAUCAAAAACAAGUCCACAUACAUUUUUCAUGAUGUGCACACAUUAUAUAUUGCCGUUGGUAUUUGCCAUAUAUAUAAUAAGAAGUGUGACAUUAACUCUAAGACAACACUUAUAUAAAGAGAGAAGAAGAAGAAGAAGAGGAACAAAGAAACUUAUAUAACAAACUAUAUACCUACUUAGGAGAAAAGCAAAGAUGGAAUGGAGAAAAUGCUAUUUGGAUGUGAUCUUGGUUCCUUUGGGUUUUCUAAUUAGCAUUGGUUAUCAUUUAUGGCUUUGGCAUAAGGUUAGAACUCAACCACAUACUACCAUUGUUGGCAUCAAUGCUAGUGGUAGAAGAAAUUGGGUUAAUGCUAUGCUGAAGGACAAUGAAAAGAAAAACAUCCUAGCUGUUCAAUCACUAAGGAACACAAUAAUGGGAGCAACCUUAAUGGCCACAACCUCAAUUCUACUAUGUUCAGGUCUAGCAGCAGUUAUAAGCAGCACAUACAGUGUGAAGAAACCACUCAAUGAUGCAAUUUAUGGAGCACAUGGAGAAUUCAUGGUAGCACUAAAAUAUGUCACACUCCUCACAAUUUUCCUCUUCUCAUUCUUCUGUCACUCUCUUGCAAUAAGGUUCAUAAAUCAAGUCAACAUUCUAAUCAACACACCACAAGAUCCUAUGUCACUUGUCACACCAGAAUAUAUUUUUGAGAUUUUGGAGAAAGGUUUCAUCUUGAAUGCUGUUGGUAAUAGGCUUUUCUAUGCUGGUCUUCCUAUGUUGCUUUGGAUCUUUGGUCCUGUUUUGGUUUUCCUUUGCUCUCUCACUAUGGCUCCUGUGCUUUACAAUCUUGAUUUUGUCUAUUCAACUGGGAAAGGAAACAUGAAUGUGGUGGAUCCAAAGGAGGAUUUUGUUUGAAUAUUUGUAAUAAUAUGUUUGACUAAAUAUAUAUAUGUAAUAUUAUUAUAAGCUUAUAUAUAUAUUAAGAAAAAAUGAAGAGACCCUUUUAAAUUUUAA